AUGGCUGCCGGAUUAGUUACCACAAGAUGCAGGAACCAGGAGAACGGAGAGCAGGACAAUCCUGGCCUGCAGCCGCUCUGCUCCGACUGCGCCAUGAAGCGGACAGACUUAGCGUUUGAGGGUGAGGGCCAUCUUCCAGCCGCUUUUCUGACCAUCUCUUCAAAAUGCACCGUUUUGUGGGCGGUCUUAUUCACGUGGUUCCACUUCAACAGCGUCUUCUGCCCAUCAUCUUUGUUGGACUGGGAUGAGGUGAAACAUCUGGUUAAUUGGUGCAGAACCAACAACCUGGUCCUGAACGUCGACAAGAUCAAGGAGAUCAUCGUCGACUUCAGGAGGCACCAGUCCAGCCACACUCAACUCUUCAUCAACGGCACAGCAGUGGAGAUGGUAAGCAGCCCCAAGUUCCUGGGGGUGCAGAUAACUGACAAUAUAACCUGGUCCCUACACACCGGAGCUCUUGUAAAAAGAGCUCAGCAGCGCAUGCACUUUUUGCGUCGGAUGAAAAGAGCACAGCUCCCUCCCCCCGUUCUCACCACAUUCUACACAGGCACUAUAGAGAGCCUACUGACCAACUGCAUGUCUGUCUGGACUGGAGCCUGCAGUGCCUCAGACUGGAAGUCUCUCCAGAGAGUGGUGAGGACGGCGGAAAAGAUCAUCAGGACUCCUCUUCCUCCUAUCCAGGAGAUCGCAAAAAGCCGCUGCCUGACCAGGGCUCAGAAAAUCUGUAGAGACUCUUCCCCACCCCACCAAGGACUGUUUUCACUGCUGGACUCUAGAAAGAGCUUUUUCCCUCAGGCCAUAAGACUCUUGAACGCAUCAUAAUA